AUGAAUCAGGGCCUUCUCGGCAAUUUCAUCCUGGUAAUACUUAUUUUUCAAUUCUCCAAAUUCUCAUACUUACAGAUGGUUCGAAUUUUUAAGCAACUAAAUAGAUCUAUCAAUAUGCAAGUUUCUUUGUAUCCGACUAACCGGCUUGGUGCAGAACUUAAGGUGAGUCACAAUCUAUGA